AUGUGUUGUGCCACUUGAGGCGUUCUUCCGGUGUCUGUUUCUGUCAAAAUGGCUCGUGUGGUACAAUCUAAGGUUGCUGUUGUUUCCACUGUUUUCUUCGUAUGUUUACAUUUUGCAUGUUGUAAUAACGGAAGAAGGGUUGGUGAUGCCUUGGAGACUGAGUUCAGUGGUUUCUCUGUGCCUCUUGAACACUCAUUUGAAGUCGAUGAUGUAGCAAAGUUUCAAGUGCGUGGAGCUCUGCUGUUAAAGCCUGGAAGAGAGCCGAGUGUCUCACUAAGUCAGAACCCGCUGUCAGAUGAGGACAGGACCAAAUUGAAGGAAGUGGCUGCAGUGGACGGUCUGUACAGGAUCAGAGUGCCUCGUGUUUUCCUGCAGGCUGACAGACAGACAGAGCGGCAGAUGGAAGGCUACCUCACGGCAUUCGUCAGAGCUUGUGCCAUGGUUGAGUCCCAUCUGAGCGAUGUGAUCGCACUCCACACUGACGUCUCUGGGUACCUCAUUGGUGUCUCCAUAGUGACGUUGCCCGGGGCCUGCAGGGGCACGGAGGUUGAGGAUGAAGUCGACCUUGAGAUUUUCAACACCACGCUCAGCAUAAUGGCUCCAGUCAAUGCACCUGGACCUGAGACGGCUUUCUUCCUUGAACGGAUGGAACAGGAAUCUGAGAAGAAAGGGAAGAACCCACAAGAGCAGAAAUCUUUCAUCGCUAAAUAUUGGUAUUUGAUUCUGGGUGGUGCAAUCUUCCUCAUGGUCACCAAUUCAGCACAGCCCCCAGCAGGGGGAGGCAGAGAGCAGAGCUGAGUCCCACUGAAUGGAUGUACAUUGUGCCUCUCGUUCUUUUCUUGAUGAUGUCUGGCGCUCAGGAUCAGGCGGGAGCAGGAGCUGGUGGUGGAGCAGGCAAUGGCGGUGGCCGAUGAUCAACAACACAACAAUUUUUGUUUUGUUUUCGUUUUUUGUGAACUAAACAAUACUUCUCUGGCAGUUUGUCAUUGCUGUACAUAAUGCUGUUAACGGACACACACAACUUACCUGUACAUUGUAGAAGAGAUAUUGUGCCCUGCAGAUGACUGCGUUUUUAAUUCUAAUGUGAAAAUAAAGUAUUUAUUACUUGA